AUGGCGGAGGAUGGGGCCGCGCCGGAGGCUAAGGAGCCCACGACCAGGCGGACCUACACCAGGGAGGAGCUCUUGGCUCUUCAGCACGCCCCCAAGUGCCGGGGCCUGCCUACAGGUCUCGACUCUGACGAUCUGAGCGACCUGCAAGAGUCGUGCUUCUUCGACAAGAGCCCCACCCUGGAUGGCCCGCCCAUCUACCUGGGCCCGCAGCGGGGCCCCGCCGGCCCGCGGGCCCCAUUUGGCGCCGCCGCAAGGCGGCCGGCAGUGCCCGCUGGCCCCAUUCACAGCAGGCUGAUUGAUGAGGACGAGCGCUCCUACCAGCGCACCAACUCUGGCCAGCUGGCCGGCGCGUUUGGCAGCCCCACCAAGCCGCAGGCGAUACAGCGCGGUACCUCUGUGCGGGCAGCCAUUGCCGCAGCAGGAGGCAUCCCAGCCCUGGUGCAGCGCCUGCGCAGCAGCAGCAGCGAUGCGGUGCUGGAGCAAGUAGCCGCGGCGCUUGGGAGCCUUGGUGAGGACAUGCCGGCCAACAAGGAUGCCAUUGCAGCUGCUGGCUGCAUCCCUGAUCUGGUGCAGCACCUGCGCAGCAGUGCCAGCGAGAUGGUUCAGUACAAAGUAGCUGCUUUACUGCACUCAUUAGCAAAUGGCAGCCCCAGCAGCAGCGCAGCCAUCGCAGCAGCGGGCGGCAUCCUUGUCUUGCAGCAGCUGCACAGCAGCAGCCCAAACACGGAUGUGCAGUCGGUUGCAGCAGCUGCACUGCAAAACCUGUCCAACUGUGGGCAGCUGGUGACAGAGGCAGCAAGUCACAUCGCGGCAGCAGACGCCGCGCCCGCACCAGGUGCGACGGCAGUGGUUGCAGCAGAUGCAACAGCAACUGCUGCCCCUAAGGCGUCAGCAGCUGGUGCCAGGGUGUGCGCAGCAGAGGGUUGUGGCAACACGCACAGCCUGCGGAAAUGUAGCAGGUGCCGGUCUGUCAGGUACUGCAGCGAGACCUGCUCCCACGCGCACUGGCGGGCCCACAAGGCAGAGUGCAAGCACCUGAGUGCCGCUGCGGCCCAGAGCUUUGGGCCUUGA